AAUGGGAAGCAACAGUUGGAAGCGUUAAAAGGAAUCAUGGAGUUCACGUCGACCACCUCUCUCACAUUUGUGCUCAGCUUUAAUGUUUAGAGGUUGUGAUUUGUGAAGCCUGCUGCUGCUGCUGCUGACUCAUCACCAAAACACACACACACACACUCUGCGUUUACAUAUAUAUAUAUAUAUAUAUACGUACACUUCCCUCUCCCACCAAAGGCAAAGGAUGUUAAAAUUUUGUGGGGAAAGAUACUUCUUCUUCUUCUUCUUCUUCUUCUCGUUGUUUCGAGUAUGAAAUUCGAGGAUUUGUUGAUGCAGCAAGGUGAAGAUAAACAAGCUAAUAAGCUCCACCUCCAAGAACAGGUUGAAAGAUUGGAGGAAGAGUUGGAAGGGGAGCUUGAGUUGAAGAGGGUAUUGCAAUGCACGAUGCAAGGACCAAGUGGCUGCUGCGACUCAUGUUCAUCCCUCACCCCCUUCCUUCCUUUCCAGGUUCAAAUGCUUCUGGCUGAUUUAGCAGUGGUGGAAGAAGAGAUAGAUUGGGUGGAGAGAAAGAUCAAUGAACUCAAAUUAGACAUCCACCACGAGAAGCAGAAAAGAAAGGAAAUGGAGGUGGUGCAGUUGAAAGAGUUCCGGCCGAAACUCGAGCAACGGCAGCUAAGGAAGCUGCCGUCUAGGCGGCCAAACCAGAUACAGCACAAGGAGAGCGACGCGCUCUCCACAUCACAAAACUACGAAAACAGAAGAUACAGAAUUCCCGGAGACCGGAGAGCAUCUCUGGGUUCCUCCAAGGAACUCCAGAGUGCAACUUUCACGGGAAAACACGGGAAACCAGAGUUUCCCGUGGCCCCGAGCAGGACUCCAACCUUUCUAUCCAACUCUUCAGCAGAAAGUGAAGCAGUAAAUCCGAAUAAGCUCUCAGUCGAUCUCAUCAAGUGCUUGAUAGGCAUAUUUCUCAAACUACACCAUACCGCGUUUAAGAGCACGCGGCUGACUAGCCUCUCGAAGCAGACGAUGGCGUGCAUGAACUCGAAAGGGCUGGUGUCGAAAGCCGCAUUCAGCUGCAAAACGCCGGUGUUUCCGUUCAACGACGAUGCAUCGCAUCUUGAUCCUUAUGACAUAUUGCCAAGAGAUACAGGGCCGUACAAGAAUUUUAUACAGAUAACAAAAGGUACAUUGGAUACGAGCCGUUUCUCUGAAUGUAUUCCGGAUGUGCAGAGACUGAGGAUUUUGAUGCAGAAACUCAAUAAAGUCAAAGUAAACCACUUCAGCCACAAGCAGAAGCUGGCAUUCUGGAUUAACAUAUACAACGCCUCCAUAAUGAAUGCAUUUCUGCAACACGGGCUGCCUUCCACACAGGAGAAACUACUCUUACUCAUGAAUGAGGCUGAAAUUAAUGUGGGUGGUUUCAUAUUCAAGGCUUCCACAAUUGAGCAGUGCAUCCUCAGACAUCCAGCAGAAGCUAAAUAUGACUUAACUGAAGAGAAGGAAAUAAUUCUAAGGCAAGCUUGUGGUCUUGACUAUCCGGAACCUAAUGUCAUAUUUGCUCUCUGUCGAGGCAAUUGGUCAUCUCCAGCAUUGAGGUUUUACAUGCCGGAUGAAGUGAUGAAUGAAUUAGAGAAAGCCAAAGUUGAGUAUUUGGAAGCAUCAGUAGGGAUUACGAGCAAGAAGAAGAUUUCAGUGCCAAAACUCGUGCAUCGACACAUGAAAGACUUUGCCGAUGACAUCGAGUCGCUUCUAGAAUGGAUUUACAGCCAAUUACCUCUUACGAGCUCGCUGAAAAGAUUGAUGAUGGAAUGUCUAAAUGGAGAAACUGAUCAAUCCCCAUCACAGAAGCUGAUAGAAAUUCAGCCUUAUGUUUUUGAAUUUCGUUACUUGAUUCCCACAUAUUGAAAUGUUAAUUAGCAUCCCAUAUUAGAUUACAGAGAUUAUGCAAGAACCAAACAAAUGACAUAUUAUUUGACAUUUUUUUGCCACUGUAUAUAUAUGAUAAACAAGAUUAUAUUUUCAAA